AUGUCGGACACGAGAGAGAUCAAGGACAGCUCACUGGGUGAGGCGCCGUCAAACACGGGCAAGGUUGUUGCCGCAGACAACGCGAUUGCCCACGAUGCCGUCUUUGGUGAGAUUACGGAAGAUGGCCCCAACUACCGCAGUGUCGGGUGGCUGGGUACUUCCGUCUUAAUGAUGAAAACUCAGAUGGGUCUCGGCGUUCUAUCCAUCCCUUCCAUCCUCGACACUAUGGGGAUCAUUCCCGGAGUCAUCCUCAUUUGCGUAAUCAGCGGCAUCACUACCUGGUCCGACUUCAUUGUCGGUACUUUUAAGCUCCGCCAUCCCGAAGUCUACGGUGUUGAUGAUGCGGGAGAGUUGAUGUUUGGCUGGAUUGGCCGUGAAUUAUUCGGUGCCGGCUUUUGUCUCUUCUUCACGUUCACCUCAGGUUCCGCUAUGCUGAGUAUCUCCAUCGCCUUGAAUGCUCUUUCCAUGCACGCAACAUGUACCGCUGUAUUUGUGGCAGUUGCAGCCAUCAUCGGCUUCGGCUUUUCUAGUAUAAGAACGCUGGGACGAAUCAGUUGGCUGGCAUGGAUUGGUGUUACAAGUAUUAUUGUCGCCGUGCUCACCGUGACCAUUGCUGUUGGCCUGCAAGAUAGGCCUGCGGCAGCACCGAAGAAUCUUCCUUGGAAGUCGGAUUUCAAGCUCGUAGGCUCGCCCACUUUCACAGAAGCCAUCGCCGCCAUCUCUGCACUCGUUUUCUCAUAUGCAGGCACGCCAGCAUUCUUCUCCAUCGUGGCAGAGAUGCGCGAGCCUAAGCAUUAUACCCGGGCUCUCAUUCUCUGCCAGUCUGUUGUCACUCUCGUCUACGUGGCUGUAGGUGCUGUUGUCUAUUACUACUGUGGAUCAUACGUGUCUUCGCCCGCCCUCGGGUCUGCUGGGCCAAGUGUCAAGAAGGUUGCUUAUGGACUCGGUCUUCCCGGUCUUAUCGUCUCGGCUGCUGUACUGCUUCAUGUGAGUGUCUUGAUUACACAGAAGGCUGUAUGUGUGCUGAUCAAGUCGUAG